AUGUUCAUUCUAAAAAGAGCUGGCAGCUCAGCAUGGAUUUCAAGUAUCAAGGUCAACAAAUCCUUCUUGAGCACCUAUUCCAAUGUCAUUACAGACAUGACGCAUCGCGGUCUCGUAUCCAAUGUUACAAGUCCUGAAGUAACUGAAAAGACCAACUCGCCUACCGCCAUCUACUGUGGUGUCGAUCCUACCGCCAAAAGUCUUCAUCUAGGAAACCUCGUUACUUUGAUGGGGUUACUGCAUUUCCACGUCAGAGGACAUCAAACCAUUGCUCUCGUGGGUGGAGCUACUGGAAGCAUUGGCGAUCCUUCAGGCCGUAAAUCUGAGCGUGUGCCAUUAUCACAAGAUGUGCUCAAGGUCAACGUGGCCGGCAUCGAGAGCCAAAUUCAUCGAUUUUUCAAAAAUGGAGCUGCUUAUGCCAAAAGACAUGGAUUUGAUCAAACUGACCAUUUGACACCCAAAGUAUUGAACAAUUACAGCUGGUUUAGCUCCAUGACAGCCAUCGACUUUUUGAGUUCCGUGGGGAGAUUUGCUCGGGUAAACACCAUGUUGGCCAAAGAGAGUGUGAAAUCGAGAAUGGAUACAACACAAGGCAUCAGUUUCACAGAGUUCUCGUAUCAAUUGCUGCAGGCGUAUGAUUUCUGGUAUCUUUACAAGCACCACCAAUGUCGAAUUCAGUUGGGUGGUAGCGAUCAAUGGGGUAAUAUUACAGCCGGUAUCGACAUGAUUUACAGAAAAAGACAACAGGAGGAGGAAGAAAUAGAGAAAAAGGAUGACAUGGAAUCAAGAGCAUUUGGUAUCACCAUCCCAUUGCUGUUGACCUCGACCGGCGAGAAAUUUGGAAAAUCAGCUGGUAAUGCUGUUUGGCUGGAUGAGUCCAUGACAAGCGUGUUUGAUUUUUAUCAGUUUUUGAUGAAGACGACAGACAGCGAUGUUGGCAAGUACUUGGAGAUGUUUACAUUUUUGACAAAGGAGCAGGUCUCUGACAUUAUGGCCCAACAUCAACAAUCACCCGAAUCAAGAAUUGCUCAAACGGCACUUGCCAACGAAACGACUGAACUUGUACAUGGCAGUGAUGGUUUACGUAAAGCAAAGACAGCAACUCGAGUGCUAUUUGGAGAUGAUUUAAGCACUUUAACCGGGGAUCACAUUAUUGAAGCAUUCAAAUCUGACGCUAAUCGAUUUAUUCAACUGGAAAGAUCAGCCGUUAUUGGUGCAGGGCUGGAUAAGGUUGCAUCUAUUACAAAUGCUGCAAAGUCUAAAUCUGAUGCACAAAAGAAGAUGAAGGCCGGUGGAUUCUAUCUCAAUAACCAACGCGUAACCAAUGUCAAGCAGACAAUUGAGGAAUCUGAUUUAAUAGACGGCAAAGUAUGUGUGCUGCGAAGUGGCAAGUCGUCUUACUAUUUGAUUCAAGUCAUUUAA